CCCGCCGCGCGCCCCGGCCCGACGCCCGCCGCCUUCCUCAGCGCCCUGCUGCCCUCGCAGCCGCCGCCCGUGGCCGUCAACGCCUUGGGGCUGCCCAAGGGCGUCACCCCCGCGGGAUUUCCAAAGAAGGCCAGUAGAACUGCUAGAAUAGCCUCUGAUGAGGAGAUCCAAGGCACAAAGGAUGCUGUCAUUCAAGACCUGGAACGAAAACUUCGCUUCAAGGAGGACCUCCUGAACAAUGGCCAGCCGAGGUUAACGUAUGAAGAAAGAAUGGCUCGUCGACUGCUCGGUGCUGACAGUGCAACUGUCUUUAAUAUGCAGGAGCCAGAAGAAGAAGUGACUAAUCAGGAAUACAAAGUCUCCAGCUGUGAGCAGAGACUCAUAAGUGAAAUAGAGUACAGGCUAGAGAGGUCUCUCGUGGACGAGUCAGGCGAUGACAUGCAGUAUGGGGAUGUGCCUGUGGACAGCGGCAUGGCACCCUUCUUUGAGAUGAAGCUGAAACAUUGUAAGAUCUUUGAAGGAAUGCCGGUAACCUUCACGUGUAGAGUGGCUGGGAAUCCAAAGCCUAAGAUCUAUUGGUUUAAAGAUGGGAAGCAGAUCUCUCCCAAGAGUGAUCACUACACCAUUCAGAGAGAUCUCGAUGGGACCUGCUCUCUUCAUACCUCAGCCUCCACCCUAGAGGACGAUGGGAACUACACAAUCAUGGCCGCCAACCCUCAGGGCCGUGUCAGUUGUACUGGGCGGCUAAUGGUACAGGCCGUCAACCAAAGAGGCCGCAGUCCGCGCUCUCCCUCAGGCCACCCGCAUGUCAGAAGGCCUCGCUCUAGAUCAAGGGACAGUGCAGAUGAAAAUGAACCAAUUCAAGAGCGAUUCUUCAGACCUCACUUCUUGCAGGCUCCUGGAGACCUGACUGUUCAAGAAGGAAAACUCUGCAGGAUGGAUUGCAAAGUCAGUGGGUUACCAACCCCAGAUCUAAGCUGGCAACUAGACGGAAAGCCAGUACGCCCCGACAGUGCUCACAAGAUGCUCGUCCGGGAAAAUGGCGUGCACUCUCUGAUCAUAGAGCCAGUCACAUCCCGGGACGCCGGCAUCUACACGUGUAUAGCCACCAACCGAGCAGGACAGAACUCGUUCAGCCUGGAGCUUGUGGUUGCUGCUAAGGAAGCACACAAACCUCCUGUGUUCAUUGAGAAGCUCCAAAACACAGGAGUUGCUGAUGGGUACCCAGUGCGGAUGGAAUGCCGUGUUUUAGGAGUCCCGCCACCUCAGAUAUUUUGGAAGAAAGAAAAUGAGUCGCUCACCCACAGCACUGACCGAGUGAGCAUGCACCAGGAUAACCAUGGCUACAUCUGCCUGCUUAUUCAGGGAGCUACAAAAGAAGACGCUGGGUGGUACACUGUGUCAGCCAAGAACGAAGCAGGGAUUGUGUCCUGCACUGCCAGGCUGGAUGUUUACACCCAGUGGCAUCAGCAGCCACAGACCACCAAGCCGAAAAAAGUGCGGCCUUCAGCCAGUCGCUACGCAGCGCUGUCAGACCAGGGACUAGACAUCAAAGCAGCCUUCCAACCUGAAGCCAGCCCAUCUCACCUGACGCUGAAUACAGGCCUGGUAGAGAGCGAGGACUUGUAAUCCAGUAUUCCUGUUAAAGCUGAAACACCGAGACAGCCAUAGCCUUGACCAACAAGUUUCUCUGUCACAUUAUGUGAAAGGCAGAAAUAUACUUUGACGUAUAAGAAAUAAAAAACACCAAAAUAAUAUUUUUCUUACUUGUUAUACCAAACUUAGAGUUUAAGUAGGUGAUGCUUAUAGAAAUGUACACAUUGCACACAAAAUUUGCAUUUUUUGUCCAAUUUAAAACUGGGAAUUGCUGUGAUUAAAGUGGUCUGAAAUGCCAAAACGUUAAAGGAAAUCAGUGAUAACAAUUUACAUUAUCUACAAGUGCCUUUAAACACAAGCUAUAGGUGCUGUGUAGCACAGUAGUGUGAAAUGUUUUACAGCGCAGUGUAUUCGGACAGCUCAAGUGAAUCAAGUGCAAUAUUUAAGGAUGAAAAAGGAAGAGAACAUGACAAAGAAAUCCAAGUAAAUGCCUUGUCUUUGCAAACUGUUUUAUAUUAAAUCAUAAAGAAGGAACUGUUUGCCUUAAAUCUUACUAAUUCAAAAGUUUUCUAACAAGGGUACUAUCUUAGCUCUUAACCUUUUUUUUUUUGCGCAGUAUUUUCUUUUCAUGCCACCUUGGUAGGAAGCUUAUUUACAAACCAUAUUAAAAGGCUAAUUUAAAUAUAAA